CGGCGUUUCCGUGCCGUGGCGGAGGAGCCGGCCGGGCCCAAAGUUGCUCCGUUUCCCACGGCCCUUACUGACAGCUUCAGCAAAAGUUGUUCCUGCAAGUGGGGUAUUUUCUCAGAUAUUUGAAUUAAGAAGGAAACUGAAAUCUCUGAAAGGUUAACAUGGACUUACUGGAAAGUACAUGCAGGGGGUGACCAAAGAGACACCAGGGCUGAAUCUGAGCUACUCUGUUAAAUAAGUGGCUGUGCAGUAGUUUCUGUAGUUAAAGACUGAUUGAUUAAUGUGAUCAGGGAAAGUGAUAUGCAAGUCCAGUUGGAACAGUAGAAAGAGCAUCCUAGAUGCUGCAUAAAUUAAUUCAUUUGCUUUCAAGAAGGUUUUAAUGAGGUCUGUAAGCAGUUGGUGGAAAUGGACUCACCUGUGAGAAUGCUGCAUGUGGAGAUAUAAGUCUCAAAGCCUUCUCUUUGGGCAGGGCAUCCAGUGGUGUCUAAGGAGAGGAAGUCACACAGAGGACAACCAUGGAGAAAAUGGCCAGGGUUACCACUGCCCUUGGUGGCAACACCAUCACUGGACGUACCAUGUUCUGUCACCUGGAUGCCCCUGCUAAUGCCAUCAGUGUGUGUCGUGAUGCUGCUCAGGUGGUGGUAGCUGGCCGCAACAUCUUCAAGAUCUAUUCAAUAGAUGAAGAUCAGUUUGUGGAGAAGCUAAACUUGCGUGUUGGCCGUAAGCCAUCCCUGAACUUCAGCUGUGCUGAUGUGGUGUGGCAUCAGAUGGACGAGAACCUGUUGGCCACAGCAGCUACCAAUGGUGUGGUUGUGACCUGGAACCUCGGGAAGCCAUCCCGUAACAAACAGGACCAGCUGUUCACUGAACACAAGCGGACAGUUAACAAAGUGUGCUUCCAUCCCACUGAGGUGUAUAUGCUCCUCAGUGGCUCCCAGGACGGCUAUAUGAAAUGCUUUGACCUACGCAAGAAAGACUCUGUCAGCACCUUCUCUGGCCAGUCGGAAAGCGUGCGCGAUGUGCAGUUUAGCAUCCGUGAUUACUUCACCUUUGCUGCAACCUUUGAGAAUGGGAACGUGCAGCUGUGGGACAUCCGCCGUCCAGACCGCUACGAGAGGAUGUUCACAGCUCACAAUGGGCCUGUUUUCUGCUGUGACUGGCAUCUAGAGGACAGGGGCUGGCUGGCGACAGGAGGCCGAGAUAAGAUGGUGAAGGUCUGGGACAUGAACACCAACAGGGCCAAAGAGAUCUACUGCGUGCAAACCAUAGCCUCUGUGGCGAGGGUCAAGUGGCGGCCUGAGUGCAAGCACCACAUCGCCACCUGCUCCAUGAUGGUGGACCACAACAUCUAUGUGUGGGAUGUGCGGCGCCCCUUCAUCCCGUCUGCCAUGUUUGAAGAGCACAAGGACGUCACCACGGGUAUCGUGUGGCGCCACCUGCACGAUCCCUACUUCCUCCUCUCGGGCUCCAAGGACAGCACCCUUUACCAGCACAUCUUCAAGGACGCCAGCCAGCCCAUUGACAGGGCCAACCCUGAGGGCCUGUGCUACAGCCUCUUUGGGGACCUGGCCUUCGCAGCCAAAGAGAGCCUGAUCUCCUCCGACUCCAACCGCAAGCCCUACAUCGGGGACAGGCGGCAUCCCAUCUUCUUCAAGCGUAAGCUGGACCCCACGGAACAGUUCGAGUACAUCUCUUCUUCCAGUGCCCUGAGUGUCUUUGAGACAGACCUGGAGAGUGGCAGCAUGGAUUGGUUUGUGAGAACGGCCAAGCAGUAUGCGCUGGCGGGGAGACCCCUGGCAGAGCUGUGUGACCACAAUGCCAAGGUAGCCAAAGAGCUUGACCGUGACCAGGUUGCCCAGACAUGGACAAUGCUCCGAAUUAUUUACUCCAGCCCUGGCACUGUGCCCUCUGCUAACCUGAACCACAGCCUGGGGAAGGGCAGUACCUCCCUCCCACUCAUGAACAGCUUUAACCUGAAGGACAUACCAUCUGGGAUAGGCAACGAGUCCAGAUUGGAGCGCAGCAAAGGAGAGAGCCGAUCCGAAAACAUCCUCAUGGAUUCCUCCUCCACCUUAAUCAACAAUGAUGAGAAUGAGGAGACAGAGGGCAGCGACGUCCCUGCGGACUAUCUCCUGGGGGAUGUGGAGGGGGAUGAGGAUGAGUUGUACAUGAUGGACCAUGAGAAUCCCCAUGCCGAAGAGCAGGAAUACAUCCUCCCCCAAGAGGCCUUCCCCCUGCGCCAUGAAAUAGUGGACAACCCCUCGGCCCUGGACCACCUGCAGGACAAGGCAGACUCUCCUCAUGUCAGUGGCAACGAGGCUGAGACUGUGUCCCUGACGCCUGUGGAGUCCUUCUCCCUCAUCUCCAUCUCCCACUCACUCUACGAGAACCGCCUGCCACCCGACUUCUUCAGCCCCAUCGUCCGGGACAUGCUCCUCUUCUACGCCGAGCAGGGGGAUGUGCAGAUGGCAGUGUCCGUGCUCAUCGUGCUGGGCGACCGGAUCAAGAAAGAGAUCGAUGAGCAAACCCAGGAGCACUGGUACACCUCCUAUAUCGACCUGCUGCAGCGCUUCCAGCUCUGGAAUAUCUCCAAUGAGGUGAUCAAACUGAGCACGUGCAGAGCCAUCAACUGCCUCAACCAGGCCUCCACCACCCUGCACAUCAACUGCAGCAACUGCAAGCGGCCGAUGAGCAACAAGGGCUGGAUCUGCGACAGGUGUCGGCAGUGUGCCAGCAUGUGUGCUGUGUGCCACCAUGUGGUGAAGGGCCUGUUUGUGUGGUGCCAGGGCUGCAGUCAUGGUGGCCACCUGCAGCACAUCAUGAAAUGGCUAGAGACCAGUUCACACUGUCCAGCGGGCUGCGGUCACCUGUGCGAAUACACCUGAACUGAAAGGAACCAACCCUCAGCUGAUGAGAGGUGGGAUUCAGUCCCUGACCUGCUUGGAACCAACAGGAGAUUGAUCGCUGGAGCCUCUUCUUGGAUGGAGGUUUUGGAGGAGAGGCUGUCUUGGAUUUUAGAGAGGAGGCACCUCUUGCAGUAUGCUAUCCGUGAACAGGAUUGAGAGUGAGGCUGACUUUGCAUAGGGAAGGUUCCUCCUCAGUGCUUGAAAUACAGCAAAGCCUGCAACAUCCAAGAGCCUUCCUGGACAGUUUUUCCUAGUCAUUGUCUUCUAUUUAUUUUUGACUGGAGUGUAAAUAAUUUUGUAUUAAAGGUACCAGAAUAUCGUGUAAACAUAGUUCUUUAUAAACCAAUCUAAUGAACAAGACAGUCUGAGCCGGACUCUGAGCUACACCUUGAC